AUGACCGAACCCGACCUCACCGCCCAAGAGUGGGCACUAAUAUCCGGCGACGCCCUUCCCGCCACCGACUCCCCCACGCCGCUCUCUCUCGUCUCCGCCGGCGACUUCAACGCAGUCUUCACCCUCCCGGAAACGCAGUCCCUCUUCAGCGCCGGCGACGCCGAAUACCUCAAACGCACACUCGACUACACAGGCUACCUGCAGCAAUGCCUCGCCGCGCGCCCUGACACACCCCCACAUACACUCCUUGCGAUCGGUACCGCGGCCCUCUGGUCGUUCAUCCAGGCCAACGUCACUGGACCGCCUCUUCCGUUCACCCCCGCAGCCCUCCUCCUUCCCGACACCGAUGCUGAGUUUGCAACGCGGCUGGAGAAGGCCGUGGUGACAGCGCUGACCGUCGACGGCGAAACAGCGUACCAUCUCAUGCCUUGCGCGCUGCUCCUGGCGCUGUCCAAGACACUGCUAAACGCAGAGGCGACGAGCAAAGGUGUAGUGACCGCGGGCUGGUGGCGCAUGCGCGUCAACUUCUGGCACCAGCGGGUACUCUCUGAGGCGACAGCAGGACUACACGAUGUCAUCUACGAGGACGCAAAGGCUGUUUCUGCGCUGGCCGAGACGCAGAGCGGCGGGGUGCAGGCGAGGUUUCUGGUCGAGAGGGCGCUGGUCGAUACGUAUUUUGGGCACGACACGAAGGCGCUGCGGGGGCUUGAGGAGGCUGCGGAGCGGACAGGGCUGGUGUAUGCGCUCACUGGUGUGAUGGGGAAGAGGACGAAGUUCCAGCAGACGGAUACCAGUCAGUUGGUGGUGCUGGCGAGGAGUAAGGAGGAGGGCAGCGGCGAGGAGAAGAAGACGGAGGAGAGUGCGCCGAAGGCGUUGAAGUUGGAUGAUGAUACGUUGUUGGAGUCUAUUGCGUUCACGCCUAAGAGUACCGCAGUGGUGGAGGAUGCGCAAGGACUGCCGAAGGAGCUGCAGGAGCUGGAUCCGAACGAUCAGCCAAAGCUACAGCCUCUUGAUGCGGCGAUCCUGCUACUUGUAGCGGAGACCAUCAAGAACACCAACCCCGCCGAGGGACUGACGAGAGAAGAGAUGAUGCCCUACGCCGAGCGCGUCCUCAAGCAUUCCACCAACUGGGAGGUCUACACGCUCGGCCUCCUCGUGCGUUCCAAAAUGGAAGGCUACCGCUCCCGCACCGUCGAGCGCGGUCUCCUCCAACUGCAGGCCGUCGUCGACCAGGUCAUCGCAGACACCACGCAAUCCACCGACUCAAGCACCUCCACAAACACCACCACCACCUUCCUCCCGCGCGCAAAAGAAGAUGAGGCCGCCCCUAUCCACGACCGCCUCCUCUACAUCCACCAGCUCACAGUCCCCACCCGCUGGGACCUCGAGGCCGAGCUCGCCUCCCGCUGGAUCUCAAUGGGCGGUCUCCGCACCGCCCUCGAGAUCUAUGAGCGCCUGCAAAUGUGGCCCGAAGUAGCCCUCUGCUGGGCCGCCACUGAGAAGGAGGAGAAGGCCCGAAAGGUCAUCCACGCACAACUCUUCCACCCAGACACCACCGACGAGAUCUCCCCGCCCCCUGCAAACGCUCCACGGCUAUGGUGCAUUCUCGGCGACAUCGACAGCGACCCAGCCCACUACGAGCGCGCAUGGGACAUAUCUGGCGGCCGCUACGCCCGCGCGAAGCGCUCCCUCGCACGUCACUACUUCUCGGCAAAGGAGUACAAAAAGUCCGCCGACGCCUAUGCAGCAUCACUGCACGUAAACCCGCUCAACCACGCGUCGUGGUUCGCGUUGGGCUGCUGCCACCUCGAGCUCGAAGACUGGGAUGCCGCCGUCGAGGCCUUCACACGAACUGUCUCCAUCGACGAGACCGACGCCGAGGCAUGGUCAAACCUCGCCAGCGCGCUCCUCCACCGCACCACGCAGCUCCCCGCACAGCCGGAAUGGCACGCUGGUGACGGCGACGACGAAAACGAAACACAAAAGCAGGACCAGACCGACUUUGAGCUCGUCCAGAAGGAGAAUAAUAAGCGCAAUGCGCUCGCGGCACUGAAGCGCGCGAGUACCAGUAAGUACGACAGCUGGCGCAUCUGGGAGAACCUCCUCAUCAUCGCUGCAUCUGUUGUUCCGCCGUCGUGGACGGACGUGGUGGUGGCGAUGCGCAGGAUCAUUGAUCUGCGAAAAGACACCGCCGGCGAGAGCUGCGUGGAUGUGGAUGUGCUUGAGAUGCUGGUGCGGCAUGUUGUGACGUCGGAGCUGGACGCUAGCAAGCCGGGGCUCGCGAAGAUGGUGGUGGAGCUUGUCGAAAAGGAGGUCACGCCGCUGAUUACGCACCAGGAGCGGCUAUGGCGCAUCGUGGGGAAGGUGGCACUGUGGAGGGGGCGGCCGAGGGAUGCGUUGGAGGCCGAGGAGAAGGCAUGGAGGGCGGUUCAGGCACGGCCGGGGGUGACGGAUUCGACGGAGAAGGCCUGGGAUGGCUUGGUAGAUGCCACGGUGGAGUUAGUGGGCGCGUAUGAGAGUUUGGGAGGGAUGGAGAGGACGGAGGGGCUAGGCGCGGGGGAGCCGGUGGCGAAGGAUUGGAGGUUUAAGGCGAGGAGUGCGGUGAGGGGGGUGAUGGGGAGGGGCAAGGAGUCAUGGGAGGACAGUGCGGGGUGGGAGAGACUCAAGGAGGCGUUGGAGGGGCUGAAAAGCUAG